CGCGGGCUGACGCUGUCCGCGCGCACCAGCCUCGGUGGCGCUCCUCGCUCGCCUCUGUCCCCAUCGUGCGACCAUCAGGCUGCGGGAGAGGGGAUUUUUGCGGAGGCUCCUGAGUGCAAGAACUCAAUAUAGUGUCAGGCGGCGCCAACACAGCCACCCCAACCUGGGCUGGGAGCGCACGCAUCUUUGGAGUCUUCCGCGGUGGUGCAACUCCGGGAGCCAACUUCAGGCCAGUCUGUGGAUUCGGUGCAGGGUCCCACCCAGCAGAUCUGCCCGCGGAGUCUCCGGGAGAGAAAUCAGAGCCGCCCCCAGGCACGCCAGGAGGCCCCCCAUUUCGCCCUACCCCGUCGGGUCCCGCCCCAUCGCGUCACGCCUUAAAAAGCACCAAAGGCCAGGAUCACGCAGCGGUGGCCACGGUCAUGGAGGGUACCCUUGAGGCCAACUGGAGCGCCGAGGUGGUCAAUGGGAGUGCGGCACCGCCAGGGGCAGAGGGCAACCGCACGCACGCGCCGCAGCGCAACGAGGCCCUGGCGCGCGUGGAGGUGGCCGUGCUGUGCCUCAUCCUCUUCCUGGCACUGAGCGGCAAUGCCUGCGUCCUGCUGGCGCUGCGCACCACGCGCCACAAGCACUCGCGCCUCUUCUUCUUCAUGAAGCACCUGAGCAUUGCCGACUUGGUGGUGGCGGUGUUCCAGGUGCUGCCACAGCUGCUGUGGGACAUCACCUUCCGCUUCUACGGCCCUGACCUGCUGUGCCGCCUGGUCAAGUACUUACAGGUUGUGGGCAUGUUCGCCUCCACCUACCUGCUGCUGCUCAUGUCGCUGGACCGCUGCCUGGCCAUCUGCCAGCCGCUGCGCACCCUGCGCCGCCGCGCGGACCGCCUGGCGGUGCUCCUCACGUGGCUGGGCUGCCUGGUGGCCAGCGCCCCGCAGGCGCACAUAUUCUCCAUACGCGAGGUGGCUGACGGUGUCUUCGACUGCUGGGCCGGCUUCAUCCAGCCCUGGGGGCCCAAGGCCUACGUCACGUGGAUCACCCUCGCCGUCUACAUCGUGCCGGUCAUCGUGCUGACCGCCUGCUACAGCCUCAUCUGCUUCAAGAUCUGGCAGAAUUUUCGGAUCAAGACGGCGGCGGAGGGGGCGGCCAAGGGUCCCGAGGGCGCGAUGGCGGGCAGUAGGGAGGGCGUGGCCCUGGCUCGAGUCAGCAGCGUCAAGCUCAUCUCCAGGGCCAAGAUCCGCACGGUCAAGAUGACCUUCAUCAUCGUGCUGGCCUUCAUCGUGUGCUGGACACCAUUCUUCUUUGUGCAGAUGUGGAGCGUCUGGGACGCCAAUGCACCUAAGGAAGCCUCGGCUUUCAUCAUCGCCAUGCUCCUGGCCAGCCUCAACAGCUGCUGCAACCCCUGGAUCUACAUGCUCUUCACAGGCCACCUCUUCCACGAGCUCCUGCAGCGCGUCCUCUGUUGCUCCUCCAGCUACCGGAGGGGCUCUCGGCCUGGGGAGACAAGCGUGAGCAAAAAGAGCAACUCCUCCACCUUUGUCCUGAGCCGGCACAGCUCCAGCCAGAGGAGCACCUCACAGCUCUCCUCCCUGUGACCAGCCUGGCUGGCUGCCUCUUUCCAUCAGGUUGUGUGGUGGCUGUGGCCAUUGAUGUAUAGGUACCUUUCCGUUUGUACACCUCCGCACCUUGGGGCAGCUUGCAUGGGGUGGGGUCCUGACACAGGAGGGGAAGUGGUCUGCUCAGGGGAAGGUGAUAGGGUGACUCAGUCACCAGACUGUCCUGGGAGCCCCCCUGGUUCCCACAGCUACUCCUGCUGCCCCCACCCCACUGCUGCCUGGCUGCUGGGCGGGUUGUUUGUGUUUCCCGGGCCUGUACUUUCACUCCAGUAUCUCUUUUCUCCUUUACUCUGUGAUCUUGUGAAAAGUAGUAAGUGUACAGUUGGUGACCAAUUAUAUAUGUAAGCCUAGUGUCCUGAACUUGGAGUAAGGAGUGGGAGCAGGACCGCAGAUGGGGUGAUGGUGCUCAUAGCCUCCUGACCCAAGAGAGUGUGUGCCUCUGCGUGGCUGACCCAGCAUCCUCUUGUCAGAGGAUGGCCCUGGGAACAGGAGAUUCCCCUACGAGGCAAUUUGGCACAAGCAGCCGAUUAAAACUUGGAUUUGAAAUGUUUAACAAGCUAAUAUUUAAGUAGCAAGUGGGAAAGAAAGAAGUAAAAGGGAUCCAAAUUAGAAAAUAAGUAAAUCUCUUUGUAGAUGACAUGAUAUUUUAUUCAUAGAAAAUUCUAAGGAAUUUGUACACAUACACACACACCCAUUAAAAUUAAUGAGUUCAGCAAAAUUUCAGAGUACAAGGUCAUUAUACAAAAAUCAAUUGUAUUUCUUCUUUUCUUUUCUUUUUCUUUUUUUUGCUGGGUACAGUGAAUAUUAUUGAUGGUACAUCACAAGGUAGGGCUCCCUAAGCCCCUCCCCUUCUUCAGGGGGUCUGGGUGGAAACUGUGGAGGUCAGGAGAUUCUCAGUGUGCUGGGGGAUCGAUUUCGGGGUAAGGACUCCCCAGCAGCUGAGGGCCUGUCUUCCUCUCGCUGGGGCUGGUGGUCCAGGGGGUUCUGACUCCUUGGAGGCCAUGUGGGCCAUAAGCCCACCACCUGUUGCUGUAGCCAAAUUCAUUGUCAUAGCAGGAAACGAACUUGAUGAAGUGGUCAUUGAGGGCAGUGCCAGCCCAGCAUCGAAGAUGGAGGAGUGGGUGUCACUGUUAAAGUCGCAGGAGACAACCUGGUCCUCAGUGUAGCCCAGGCUGCCCUUGAGGCGCCCUCUGAUGCUUGCCUCACUACCUGCUUGAUGUCAUUGUAUUUCUUUAUACUAGCAAUGAACAAUAUGCCAAUAAAAUUAAAUAAUUAAAUUUAUCAUAGUAUGAGAAAGGAUACAAAAUAGAAAUAAAUUCAAUGAAAGAAAUAUAAGACUUAUACCCUGGAAACUACAGGAUGUCAUUGAAAGAAAUUGAAGAAGACAAAUAAAUUGAGAGACAUCCUUUGUCCUGGGUCUUAACAAUACUAUCCAAAUUGGUCUACAGAUUUAAUGUUAUUCCUCUCAAAAUCCUAGCUGGCUCUUUGCAUAAAUUGAUAAACUGAUCCUGAAAUUCAUAUGAAAAUGUUAGGAAUCCCAAAUAACCAAAUAAACCUUGAAAAGAAGAGAAAAUCACUUCUUGCUUUCAAACGUACUAGAAAGCUACAGUAAUCAGAACAGUCUGGUCCUGGCAUAAUGACAGACACAUUGACCAAUGGAGUAGAACAGAGAAUACAGAUAUAAAUACUUAGAUUUAUGGUCAGUUGAUUUUUGACAAGUGUGACAAGAGAAUUUAAUAGGAAUGAUAGUCUUUUCAAAAAACAGUGCUGGGACAACUGGCUAUCCACAUGCAAGUAAAUGAAGUUGGACCCCUACCUCACACUCUAUAUAAAAAUUAACUCAAAAUGCAUUAAAGACCUAAACGUAAGAGUUAAAACUACAAAACUCUUAGAAAAAACAUAGGCAUCAAUCUUUGUGACCUUGGAUCAGGCAAUGGUUUUUUAGAUAAGACACCCAAAGCACAAGGAAAGGAGAAUUAGCUAAACUGGACCUCAUAAAAACGGGCACAAAAGGUUUAUGCUUCAAAGGACACUAUCAAGAAAGUGAAAAGACAGCUUGCUCACGGAAUGAAAGAAAGGAAAUAUUUGCAAAAUCAUAUACUUGUAUCCAGAAUACAUCAAGAACUCUUACAACUUAAUAAUAAAAAGACAAAUAAGCCAAUGUCAAAUAUGGGCAAAACAUGUAUUUGAAUUAACAAGUGAAUAGACAUUUUUAUAUCUUCUCCAAAGAAAAUAAUAUAACUGCCAGUAAGUGCAUGAAAGGAUGCUCAGGAUUAUUAUUCAUUAGGGAAAUGCAAAUCAAAACCACAGUGAAAUACACUUCAUCCCCACUAUGAUGGCUGUAAUCAUAGAGAUGGGCAAGGAUGUAAAGAAAUUGGAAUGCUUGUACAUUGCUUGUGGUAAGAAUGUAAAAUAGUGCAGCCACUUUGGAAAAUAAUUUGGCAAUUCUUCAAAAAGUUAAAACACCAGAAAUGCCACUCCUAGGUAUUUACUUAAGCGAGAUUAAAGCAUACACACAAAAACUGGUACAUAAAUGUUCAUGGCACCAUAAUUUAUAAUAGCCAACAAAUGGAAAUAACCCAAAUAUCUAUCAACUGAUGAAUGGAUAAACAAUGUAUAUCUCUAUAAUGACAUGUUAUUCAGAAUAAAAAGAAAUGAAGUACUGAUACAUACUAUAAUAUGGAUGAACCUUGAAAACAUUAUACUAAAUGAUAGAAGCCAUUGCAAAAAGCCAUAUACUAUAUAAUUCCAUUUAUGUGAAAUAUCCAGAAGAGGCCAGGAGCUGGACACUGGGGUGAACGGGGAGUGACUGCUAAUAGAUAUAAUGUUCCUUUUACUGGGUGGUGAAAAUGUUCUGGGAUUAGUAGUGAUGUUGUACAAUUUUGAGAAUAUUCUAAAAACCACUGAAUUAAACACUUAAAAAUAUAAAAAAUAAACAAAAAUUUUCACCAGCUCAAUUCAGCUUGAAGGAUGAAUUCCUUGGAAUCUCUUACCUCCCAGCACUUUGUUUCUCUAUGUGACUCACCAUUUCGGGAAAUCCCAUGGUUUUCGUACUUAGUUUUUCUGCAGGAGUUGGUGUUUCCAGUUUGGCCAAAGGACCAGCAGUGACGAGACGCCCACCCUGCUCUAGCAGGGCACUGGGAGGCCUUGUGGCUGCAGCUGUUAUAUUUUAUUUAGGAAGACAACUCACAGGGCUCUCAAAGGCUUUCCUAACAUGUUCUCAAAUGUCCUCUCAGCCUUGAGGUAGAACAUAACGGUGUCCAAAAAGUACCUACAAGUUGUUAAAUACGUUAUAGAUCAGAGGUUUCUGACUGAGGCUGCCCAGCUCAAAGGCACUCGGGGGCACUGUGAAUUUUUAAAAUUUCCACAGAUAUUUUUGGACUCACUGUGGUACAGUAAGAGCAUUUCCAAAAGGCUACUCUUCAUACACACUUUCCUCUUCCCCCUUCACACUGCAAUCUACACACACAUGCACAGGGAGAAGAGAGACAGGCCCUGACAUGCCAGUGUUCAAGUGUCAGCAUUUAGUUCCAGGUCUGCAGUACGAACUAGAGAAGGAAGACAGUAAGCAUCACCUUUGGACCCAGAGGCAUUGCACAGUGUUGAUGUGGCUGCACUCAGAGUGUCAACUUGCUCUGUGGGAAGCAAGCAGGAUGCUGGUUCAGAGUCUCGGUGCUUAUGGACAGGACCCCGGGGCACUGGUUGCAUGUGCAGCAAAGGUGGGGUCUGUUGGCAUUUGAGCCUCUCUGCUCACCAGCCAGAGAUGCCCCCAUCUCUGCUGUUCCCAGGGAAGUGGUCGUCCCAGCAGCCUACAAAGCCACUGGGGAUCAAGGAGACUGACUCAGUAUAUUAUUCUGACUGGGGCACAGCCUUCCUGUGAACCCUGGAGUUGCAAGAUUCUUGGGCACCAGAACCAACUGGGACACUUCCCUAGUUCUGUGUAAGCUCUGGAUGGUUCCUUGGGUCUCAUAUGGCACAGGCACUGUGUUUUGUAGCAAAUCAGUAACAUCUGAUUUUAGCAGCACCCCUGGCUGUACACGUCUCCUUCCCAGGCUCAUCUUGGAGAAUAUGUUCACUGUUUCUUAGCCUUUCCCCAACGGAAGCUUGGAGGGAAGAGCAUGGGGUCCAGAAUGCUACCUGCAGCUCAGUCAUUUCCUUUCUCCAGUUUACAAACACAGCGUGUGGCUGGAGGUGCCAGCAGAUUGGAGCACACAGAUUUUCUUCUGGAAUGUGCCAUUGUUCUGAUGGUCAGACGUGGAAGGUGAAUACUUGAAGACUCUGAGCCUUAUUUCUUUCGGCCCUGAAAAAAAAAUCUGUCACACAAUUGGUGUCCUCUCAGGAUGGGUCUAUGGAUUGAGACUGCAGGAAGCUGCCUUUUUAAAUGAAGAUCCUGGUUUCAAAGUGCUUAACCUUUUUGAAUUUAAUUGCAAUGAAAUAUCACUUAGUACAAAAUGUGAAUUACUUGAUUUUGUUCUGCUAUGGUGGCUCUCGUGUAUUGUGUCAAAUGGUGAGUGGUGUGGCCAGCAAUGAGAUGUCUGCUUCAUUCGCUGCUUUAAAAAAGGUGCAUCUAAUAAACUUGUUUUUUUCA